AAGAGUAAUUUAGCAAUAUGGCAGCGCACAUGGGUAGACUAGAAAGCUAACGUGAAGGUCUUUUAGCGUUUGUAUUAAAACGGAUUUCGUCCUGCCAGGGAGGCCCACAAGCAGGUGUGGUCCGACAGCACUCACUGAGGAUGUCGAAGAUAUCCAGGGCUGCCAAGGCGGUCAAAAAGGUGGAUGUGGGCGGUGUGAUCAGAGCAAUCGUGCGAUCGGGACAGGCAGCCCCAGGACCUCCACUGGGACCCAUCUUGGGACAGAGGGGGAUCCCGAUUGGUGUGUUUUGUAAAGACUUCAAUGAGAGAACAAAAGACCUUAAAGAAGGCAUCCCUCUUCCCAUCAAGAUCUACGUCAAGCCGGACAGGACCUAUGACUUAAAGAUUGGGCAGCCCACCGUGUCUUACUUCCUGAAACAGGCUGCAGGCAUCGAGAAAGGUGCAAGCAAGACAGGGCACGAGAUAGCCGGGAUGGUGUCCUUGCGGGCGGUGUACGAGAUAGCGCAGGUCAAGGCGCAGGACGAAUGUUUCCGGGUGCAGGACGCCUCUCUGCAGACGGUGGUGAAGAGCAUCAUCGGCUCAGCCAAGUCCCUUGGCAUCCAAAUUGUCAAUGACCUGUCACCACAGGAGUAUGGGGAGUUCCUCCAAGAGCGCGAGGAGAGGCUGAAGGAAGAAGCCGCCUCCAUCGCAGAGGAGCCCGCUGGGAAGAAGACAUGAAAGGGGAAAAAUAAGCACACCGGAUGUGCCGACUUCCUGUACUUGUGGAACUACCUGUCAGCACUGCCUUGCAGUCUUCCGAAACAUCUUAUUUCUGGAUGAAUGGAAUUACACACUGUCUGUCUUUGGUCAUAAAAUACACUUGUUUUACACCCUGAACUGA